GGAGAGUUCGGGUGACAAACAGAGAGAAAGAUGGAAGGCUGAAGGCAGGAGCCUAGGAGGGGGCCCAGAUGGAGAGAGAGACUCACAGUGGAAUUGGAAAUGAGGAAAGCUCAGAGCUUUACUUGCCCUCAGAGCUAGGACCACCUGUACAGCAGGAAAGGAGCGGCCCAGCUAGAAGGCCUGGUAACAGACACCAACCCAUCUGUGGUAGUGAGUGAGUCAUUACUCCUGGGAUUUAUCUAUGUGCUGUGAUGAGAAUACAGAUGAAGAGAAGAAAGGAAGAGGUACUUCUCAUGCUUUCUAA